UACAAUUCUUAUCACCUGCCUAAGUACUGUAAUCUCCAUUGUUACUUAAUCAGGAAAAGUAAUAAGAAAGCUGAGUUUCGAAAGAUGUAUCGUUCAGGAAGCACUAACCGAGUAUGGGAUGAUUACAUGAAGUACAAUUCUUCUUCUUCACCGACUCCAAAAGUUUCUUCGUCAAUCAGAGCUUUAUCGUUAGAAACCAACGAGUUUCCUUCCUACGAACCGCUCUCUGCAGAUUUGAAUAAGCGCGAAAAAGCUCGCACAAAGCUUGCAGAGAACGCCGUUCAUCUCAUACCUCUCGUCUUGUUCCUAUGCGCAUUCAUCCUCUGGUUCUUAUCCAAUCCUGACAUUGAUGUUCCGAUGAGCGGCGACGCCAUUGCUGCGAGAAUCGAAGGAUUGACGAUCGAUGGAGAUGUGGAUAGUGAUGGUACUCAAACAGGGAAUUUACCUCUGGAAUUGGGCGAUCUCGACUUGACCAGAAAAGAUGAUGCGUCAAAAACUACCAGAGUACUAUAAUACUAGAUGGUGCUCAACGAUUGCGUUGGAUCUCCAUUUUAGUUUCUUCCCCGUUUCGUAGUUGUAACAGAU